AUGCACAGCUGGUUUGAAAAAGAAAAACCUGCACCGCCCUUUGAAUCUCUGUAUCCCUCAUCCACACCGAAGACCAGCACAGCCAAUGUGUCCCAAACCCCAUGGACAAGUUUAAGACACAAUAAAAGGAGGACAGAAGCCCUCGACUCUCUGGUGGGGACAGAGGCCCUCGACUCUCCGGUGGGGACAGAAGCCCUCGACUCUCCGGUGGGGACAGAAGCCCUUGCUCACAAGCUUCUUGUUCCCACAGUAUCUGACUUCUUGGAGGAAUUCCCAGGAGAGUGCCGGGAGUGUGUCAACUGCAGGGCCCUGGUCCACACCAGUGUGGCACCGCCCCAGACAUCGGACCUGAGGAAUGGCAGCACAGCGGCAGAGUUCAUCCUCGUGGGCUUUGAGAAGAGCUCCCCUCCCACUCGGGCAUUGCUCUUCACCGUCUUCUUAGCUCUCUACAGCCUCGCCAUGGCCAUGAACGGCCUCAUCAUCUUCAUCACCUGGACCAACUCCAGUCUCAGCAGCCCCAUGUGCUUCUUCCUUGGACACCUGUCUUUUCUUGACAUCUGCUUCAUCACCACCACCAUCCCACAGAUGCUGACCCACCUGGUGACCAAGAACCACAUGGUCUCCUUCGUCUCCUGCAUGACCCAGAUGUAUUUGGUCUUCUUUCUGGGUGUGGCCGAGUGCAUCCUCUUGGCUUUUAUGGCCUAUGACCGUUAUGCUGCUAUCUGCCACCCACUGAACUAUGCCCAGAUCAUGAGUCGGCAAGUGUGUGUCAGGCUGGUGUGCCCUUCCUGGAUCUUUGGGAUGAUCAAUGGCAUCUUUCUUGCGUAUAUAUCAUUCCGGAAUCCCUUCUGCAAAGACAACCACAUUGAAAACUUCUUCUGUGAGGCCCCCAUAGUGAUCGCCCUCUCCUGUGUGGGCCCCCAGUUCAGCAUGAAAUUGAUCUUUGCUGAUGCCAUUGUGGUGCUGCUCAGCCCCAUGGUGCUCAUCAUCACCUCCUAUGCCCGUAUCCUGGCCUCCAUCCUCUGCAGAACCUCCUCCUCAGGUCGUGGGAAGACCUUCUCCACCUGUGCCUCCCACUUGACUGUGGUCAUCUUUUUGUAUACCUCAGCUACGUUCUCUUACAUGAAUCCCCGCAGGACACACCGGCCUGACAAAGACGAGCCUUUCUCCCUCCUCUACACCAUCAUCACCCCAAUGUGCAACCCCAUCAUCUACAGUUUCCGCAACAAGGAGAUGAAGGGGGCCAUGGGGAGGGCUCUCGGGAGAGGAAACCUGGCUCAAGCAGAGUCUGUCUAG